AUGCAUCGUGUGCUGCAGCCCCUGCAGCAACAGCCUCUGCUGCUGCAGCAGCUGCAGCAGCACCUGCUGCAGCAGCAACUUCUGUUGCAGCGGCGUAGCAGCGUCCCGUACCAGCUGCAUGCGGCUUGUUACUUACAUGCCUCUUCAGAUGUGAGGCGGAGGCCCCUUAAGAACCACGGAACGAGCAACAGCAACAGAAGCAGCAGCAGCAACAGCAGCAACAACAACAACAGCAGCAGCAGCAGCAGCAGAAGCAGGCUGAGCGAGGGCAUCCGGUAUAAGAAGGCUGCACAUUCGGGGCAGUGGAGACUUGGCUACGAUGUAAUUCCAGAGGCAACGGAAGCUUGUCCUCCGCACCGUAGCAGCAGCAGCAGCAGCAACAACAACAGCAGCAGCAAAAGCGGUCGAAUCGGCGGCCCAAAGGGCCGAACUGGCAGCAGCUGCAGCAGCAGCAGCAGCCUCAGCGAAAAUAAGAGCGGGGGACUAAGUGCAAUACCUGUAGCUGCUGCUGAGGCCCGACGAACCAUCACGGGGCAGCAACAACGGCAGCAGCAGCACGAGCUGCAGCAUGAGCAACAGCAGCAGCAGCAGCAACAACGAGAGCCGCAGUGCCAGCAACAGCAGCAGCAGCAGCAGCAACAUUACAAAGGUAGCAGCAAGUGCGACGAAGAGCAGCUUGUUAGCACUCUCCCCUUUCUGUCCCCUCAGCAGAUCUGCCAGGCUGUCUUCCAGCUCACCCGCCCCUGCAGCAGCAGCAGCAGCAGCAGUAGCAGCAGCAGCAGCAGCAGCAGCAGCAGCGAGACUGCAGCAGCUGCUGCAGCAAAUGCUGCAACGCUGCGAGAAGUUGCUGCUUACUGUUCCCCGCUUGUGGACGUGUGGCCCCACAGAGACGUCGCCAUGUUGGGUGUUAGCUUAGCCCUUCACCACAGGCAGCAGCAGCAGCAGCAGCAGCAGCAGCAGCAGCAAGAUGAUGGGGUAGUUGUUGAAUUUCUGCAGCGGGUGGGGCUGCAUGCGCUGCAGCAUGCGGCGAAGUAUGAUCCUCGCGAUUUGCUGCGGCUGCUGCCGCUACUAUCUCAGAUUCCUCCUCCUAGUGCAGCAGCAGCAGCAGCAGCUGGUGCUGCUGCUGCUGGCUCGUCCUUCGCUGUUGACGCUGAUCGGGCCUCCACUCCUCACAUGCUUGCUGCAGUGCUGCUGCAGCUAGCUGCUGCUGCGGAUAGCCUGGAGGGACCUGCUGCUGUUGCUGCUGCCUUCGUUGCAGCUUCAGAGACAAGUUGGGCCCUCCCUGACUGGGCGUCCAUCGCGUUGGCGCAGCAAGUCCGCCGCUGUUGGCAGCAGCAGCAGCAGCAGCGACAGCAGCAGCAGCAGCAGCAGCAGCAGCAAAGGAGCUCAUGGCCUACACUAUCAGAUGCAGCAAGGGCUGCCCGCGCCUUUUGUCGCUUUGCUGCACCCAAUUUGCCGCCGCCGCCCUGCGUAGGGCCUCAAAGUCUUUCUUCCAGCAGCAGCAGCAACAGCAAUACCUGCAACAACAGCAGCAACAACUGCAGCAGCAGCAGCAGCAGUUGCACUGCGUUUUGGCUGGAUUGGACACAGUGGUUCCUCCGUGCUUUGCUUGCUGUUCUAAGAGAGCCUUUGCUUGCUGCUGCCGCAGAGCACUGCCGGCCGCACCAGGGUGCUGCUGCUGCUGCUGCUGCUGCUGCUGUUCCUGCUGCUUCUGUUGCUGCUGCUGCUGCAGCGCAGCGGGACCUUUCGGCUCUGGCUACGUCUUUGGCGAGAACAUCACCGCGGCUGCCUGCUGAGCAUGCACCUGUGUGGAGGGUGCUGCUACCGCAGCUGGUGCUGGUGAGCGGCAGCAGCAGCAGCAGCAGCAGCAGAAGCAACAGGAGGGCUGCUGCUGCUGCGGAGGCAACAGCUCGACGGUUAAAGGACAUGGCCUUAGGCUGCGCAGCUGUAGCUCGCUGCAGCCUCACUGCACCAGAGAAGCAGCAGCUGCUGCAGCGCUUUGCUCCUGUGCUGCUGCUGCACCUCAAUUCGCUGCAGUCGCCAGCCAAUGAUUGUGAAGCAGCAGCAGCAACACCAGCAGCAGCAGCAUCACCAGCAGUGGCAGCACCAACUUCUCUCUCUUCCUUGUCGCCCGUGACAGCAAAAGUGUUGCUGUCUUCUUACUCUGCUGCUGCUGCAGCCAGCGAAGAUGCUGCGGUGCAGCAGCUGCUGCUGCAGCUCUGUAGAUACACCCAAAUGCAUGCACAGCACUUCAGCAAUGAACUGCUAACUUUUGCAGCAGCAGAUGCGGGUCUCCUCUCCACUGUCUCUUCAUCUGAGUUGGUUCGUUCGGCUGCUGCUGCUGCUGUGGCUGCCAGCUGCGACCUGCUGCUGCAGCGGCUGCAGCAGCAGCAGCAGCAGCAGCGGAAGGGAGAAGUCCCACGACAAGCAGCAGCAGCCUUGCUGGCCAUAUGCAGCAGGUUGCCCGCAGUUCCCGUGCGGCUCGUAGAGGUGCUGCAGCAGCAAGUCUUGCAGAGCCCGCAGCAGCAGCAACGGCAGCAGCAACAGCAGCAGCAGCAGCACCAACAGCAACAGCAACAAUGGCACGAAGGUGAAUCAAGUGUCUCUCAGCUGGUGGCUUGCUUUCGGGCUCUAAGUCGUUUCCCCCGUCGUCUCCUCGGUGGCCAGUGGGCAAGUGCAGAGCAGCAGCUGCUGCAACGUCUGCAGCAGCUGCUGCAGCGGCAGCAGCAAGUGCAGCAGCAGCAACAAACGGAACUGGGGUUGGAGCAGGUGGCACAUCUCCUUUCGGCCUACGCCGCUGCCCUCCGGCAAGUUCCAGAGGCGCUGCUGCUGCUGCUGCAGCUGCUGGUGACGCCACAGCUCCUGCAGUACCGCCAGCAGCAGCAGCACCAACAGCAGCAGGUGCAGCAGCAGGAUGAUCUACUAGCCCUGGGCCUCAGCAGUUGCAUGCACUUGGCGCGCAUACUGGAAGCAGCAGUUUGCCUGUCGCUGCACCUCCCCAAGGCUAAACAGCAGCAGCAACAGCAGCAACUGUUCCAUCUACAACAGCAGCAGCAACAGCAGCAGCAGCAGCUUCUAGCAACGGGCGACUUUAUUUCUUUCUUAGCCGACUGUCUUUGUGAGAUGAUAGCGCUGCAGAGAAGGGUACUGUCUCCUUUGCUGAGAAGGAGACAGCUUGCUUCACUGAACUGCGACGAACAGCAGCAGCAGCUGCAGCAGCAGCUGCAACAGCUACAGCAACAGCAGCGUGGCCUCGUGGGCAUCACAGCUAUCUGUGCUACCCACCUCCACCAUCCCCGUCUAUUGGCUGAGGCACUGCAGCUGCGUUUGCUGCUGACUGCAGCAACAGCAGCAGACGCAGCAGCACCAGCAGCAGCAGCGAAUGCAACAGAAGCAACAACAGCAAACUCAGCAGCAGCGGAUCCUUUGUCUUCCUUGGCUCCUUCUGAGGAACUUCAACUCGCGCGGUUUGUUGCUUCUGUUCUUGUGGGAAGCUAUUCCCCUAUACAGCAGCAGCAACAGCAACAGCAGCAGCAGCAACAGCAGCAGCUGCAGGCUUGGGAUAUGCUUGUCGUUUUGCUUGGGGGUCAGAAAGCAGCAGCAGCAGCAGCGCGCGCUGGGCUUCGUGCGGCAGCAGCGAGAGGGGAGAUAGAGGAGCAGCAGGACCCGGAGCAAAGGCAGCAGCAGCAACAACGCAUGCAGCAGCUGUGGACAAGCGAGCAGCAGCACGGGUCGCGGCCGUCGCUCCGCAUGCAGCUGGAGGUUGCAGCAGCACUAAACAGCAGCAGAGUGCAGCAGGAAGUCCGUAGCUGCCUUGUUGUAUGCAGUAGCGGUUGGGCUCCACCCCACGAGGGAGCCGGGCGUGGUGAGCGGCUGGUUAUGAUGUUUCUGGGAGCCCCUUACCCAGCGCACAGCAGCAGCAGCAUCAGGAGCAACAGCAGCAAGAUGGGUUGCGUUAGCAGCAAGCACGGAUCUACCCCGGCAGAGAGGCCCCAAUCGGCUCAGGCUGCUGCCCCAGCCGCUCCUGCUGCAGAGACAAAAGAAGCUGGAGCUGCUGCUGCUCCUGCUGCUGCAGCUCCUGCAGGAGAGGGUGCUGCUGCUGCUGCUCCCGAGAAGGCGGCGGAAGGCGCUGCUGCUGCAGAGCCUGCUGGUGCAGAAUCUGCUGCAGCAACACAACCAGCAGCUAAGCAAAUCAGCGUAGAUGUCUCAACCCCGCCUCCUCUGAAGAACCCCCCUCCUCCUCCUGUUCCAAAGGCCUCUCUUCCUGCUGGUGCUGCUCCAGCUGCUGCAGCUGCACCAGCAGCAGCAGCAGAAGAAGCUGCAGCACCGGCACCAGCACCAGCAGAGGGGGAAGCACCGGAGAAGCCUGAAGCAGCAGCUGCAGCACCAGAAGCAGAGAAACCGGCAGAUGCGUAG